AUGGAUAAUCUCUACGGCCGUCGCACCAACAGCUCGAACAAGCUCUCUUUGUCCACAAACAACGGACCCUCAACCGGCAAUACCGGCGAUGCGUCCUCGCCCUUUUCGCUGUCGACCCGCAGUGCCACAAUUCCCAAGCGAUUCGGUGGUGAUAGCUCAUCGCAUGGGAAGGCCAAUUCAUUCAAUCCGGCAACGACGCCGGGCGGCCGCAUCAUGAGCCCGACUGGCGCAUCGAGUGCAUUCGGGCUGGGCUCUGGUGCGUUUUCCAGCUUCGGGGCGCCGGCCAAGACCCCCAAGCUCUCCGGCGGCAACCCGUUUGACUUUGGUGCCAAGCCGCCCUCCAGCGCCACGGCAGCUUCUGCGUCCGCCUCUUUCUCGUCUCUGGCCGGCGACAAGCCAUCCUCAACGGCCCCACAAUUAGGGGCACCAGGGGCUUCGAACAGCAGCUUUGCCGGCAAUGCGGGUGCGGCAGGCGACAAGGGAAAGCAGCAUGCGCUUGUCAGCGAGUGGGUAUUCUGGUUCCGGCCACCGAUCAGCAAAGCAAACGGAUACAUCGAGUACGAGAAGACGUUACACCCCAUAGCAGCGGUCGGCACGGUAGAAGAAUUUUUCACGAUCUACCGACACCUGAAACGGCCGUCGACGCUACCGUUGGUGUCGGAUUACCACUUUUUUCGUACGGGGAUCCGGCCUAUCUGGGAAGACGCAGAGAAUCGCAAGGGUGGCAAGUGGAUUGUGCGGCUCAAGAAGGGCGUGGUUGAUCGGUACUGGGAGGACCUGCUGCUUGCCAUUGUUGGUGACCAGCUUGGUGACUCGGGCGAUGAAGUGUGCGGGGUGGUGUUGAGUGUGCGGAACGGCGAGGACAUCUUGAGCAUCUGGACCCGCAAUGACGGCAGCAGCGUUUGCUGA